AACCACAUUUGGAUGGAUUGGUGAAAAACAAAAUUGCGGGUGGAGGAGGUCCGUGAACAUGUGACGAGAUUAAAAUGACACUUGGGUGACCACCUUUUUGGCCCUCUUUAGCUCCAAGGCUAUAUAUAUAUAUAUGCAUACAUCCAUCCAUUUGUACAUAUAUACGUGACUCAUCGUCUUUUUCACUCCCACACGUUCUGCUCCAGCGAUACUGUGAGAGAAUCUCUGUGUGGUUCUGAAUUCUUAGGCUGGAAUUGAAUUCUGAAAUGGCGGAGGAGUACAAGGAAGCGUUGUUGGAGAAGCAGAACUAUCACGACGGAUGUCCCGGCUGUAAGGUGGAGCAGAUGAAGCAGCUCCGGCGAGGAUAUCCUUACCUCGAGCUUUCCUUCGUUUGGAUUAUCGUCCUCUCCACUUCUCUACCAAUUUCCUCACUCUAUCCCUUCCUCUACUAUAUGAUUGAGGAUUUUGGUGUCGCAAAGACGGAGAAAGAUAUUGGGUUUUAUGCUGGUUUUGUUGGUUGCUCUUUUAUGCUUGGAAGAGCACUGACUUCUGUGUUCUGGGGAAUUGUGGCUGAUCGUUAUGGAAGAAAACCCAUUAUACUCUUGGGAACUAUCUCAAUUGCAAUUUUCAACGCUCUUUUUGGCUUGAGCUCAAAUUUUUGGAUGGCAAUUGGCACAAGGUUUCUUCUUGGGAGUUUCAACUGUUUGCUUGGAACAAUGAAGGCCUAUGCAUCAGAAAUAUUUCGUGAUGAAUAUCAAGCUACCGCAAUGUCAGCUGUUAGUACUGCUUGGGGCAUUGGACUGAUCAUUGGCCCUGCUCUUGGUGGUUUUUUAGCUCAGCCGGCAGACAAAUAUCCAAAUGUGUUCUCCCAAGAAUCUCUUUUUGGCAGAUUCCGGUAUGCAUUGCCUUGCUUUACGAUUUCAGCUUUUGCCUUGCUUGUGACAGUACUAUGCUGCUUCAUCCCGGAGACACUGCACAAUCAUAAGCUGGACAGCUUAUCACAUGAUGAUUCAUACGAUAUACUUGAAGCUGCAUCUCAUGAAUCAUCUCCUUCUACCGGGAAGGCAGGAAAAAACGAAAGAAAGGCUUCUCAGUCUCUCUUGAAGAAUUGGCCGCUGAUGUCAUCUAUCAUUGUGUAUUGUGUUCUGUGUCUUCAUGAUACUGCAUACUCGGAGAUAUUUGCACUAUGGGCUAACAGUCCAAGGAAGUAUGGAGGUCUGAGCUACUCAACGAAUGAAGUCGGUACAGUUCUUGCUAUCUCAGGUCUCGGCCUAUUCUCUUUUCAGGUAUUUGUUUAUCCUUUGGCUGAGAAACUGCUAGGACCUGUUCUGGUCACCCGAUAUGCUGGGGCACUGAUGAUACCUAUACAAAUGAGUUAUCCAUUUAUAGCAGGCUUGUCAGGUCUCAGUCUAAGCUUGAUGUUAAAUUGUGCAUCAAUCCUCAUAAAUGUCUUAAGUGUGUCUGCCAUAACCGGCCUGUUGAUCCUUCAAAAUAGAGCAGUGGAUCAGAGCCAAAGAGGGGCGGCUAAUGGAAUAGCUAUGACUGCGAUGUCUCUAUUUAAGACAGUUGGACCAGCUGGUGCUGGCAUCUUAUUUUCUUGGAGUGAGAGGCGACUAAACGCUGCAUUUCUACCAGGAUCGCAUAUGGUAUUCUUCGUCUUGAAUGUGAUAGUAGUGGUCGGAGUAGCUCUGACAUUCAAGCCAUUUCUAACGACGAGUCGAAGAUGAAAUUCAUUUGAAUUGGUAAGAUAGGGAAUGUAUGGACAAGUUGAUUCUUUUCAUUUCAGAUACGAAAGAAACCGGUAAUAAAAUUUCACUAACCUUAGGAUUUCAGCUCCUUCUAUUACUUGUCCUUUUGUUUUGCUUUGUCUGAUUAUUAUACACCAAAACCGCUUUCAUAAUCGUGGAUCCCAUCCAAAAGUGAUGUAUUAAUCGGUUAACAAAUCGUAUGGUCAGUCAAUACGGCAGUAAGGAAAUUAGAAGAUGAGACUGAGAGGAACUUACUUGAACCGUUAAUUUAUUAUUUAAUACAAACCGUGGCCUAUUUUUCAAGCUCUUCAAAAGGCAUUACUCAACCUUUACUUGAUGAAUAACAUUUACUCAAAUAAAUAAUUUUACAAAUUUUCUGCCGACCUCUCCUUGGCCUUAUUCACAGCAAGCGGAGCCUUAUGUCCAAACAAUUUAGUACGAUUUGACUGAUUUAAAAUAACCUUCUCUAUUCAGCUUUGGCUAUGAUUGUAUAUUGUUAGCAGCCAUGAAACCUAGUCAAACUAACUGGUUUGGGAUAGGCAGAUAGUCAAAAUGGUUAAAGCCGGCAUGAUUGGCUUCCAUUUUUCCUAAACUGAAAUUGUUUUAAUUAAAAUUUGAAAAAUAAUAGGUAGAUUUUGAAGAUG